CGAGUAAUUCCGUCCGUGUGUGUGUUGUGCGCGUAUGUACACAGAGCGCACGGCAUUCAGUGUCUAGAGUUCGUCCUUGUCCUUCUUCCUGUCGCUGUCGUCUUCCUCCUCAUCCUCGUCGUCAGCCGACGAUAUCAACACACCCUUAAUUAACACGUACAACACACGUAGACACACACGUGCCACACACAAACGUCUGUCUGUCUGCUGUCUGGGUGUUUGGUUGGUUGGUCGAUGUACCUACCUCGUAGGCCAGCCAGUAGUCAUCGCUGCUGGGCUUGGACACCAUCGCCACGGCGACCUCCUGGUGGCCUGACAACACGCACAGCAAACACAUCCCAUGCAGAUAUAUGGGCAUGGCCAGUGUGGUGUCUGUGGAUCUCUCUCUCUCUCUCUCUCGUUCCCGCAGUUGCGUACCAAGGAUGGGGCAUCGGGGGCAGUUGGCCUGGGUGAACCUGACACACACACAGACCAACGGCAGCCAGACAACAGGUGUCCAUCGGGUCCACACUCGGCCUUGAGAUCUGCACGUGUGUGGCGUUGAUCUCUCACUUGUGUUUUGCAGUCGUCCUGAGGUAUCCAGGGAGUCCCUCGUGUUUGAGGGCCACCUUCUUGCCGCGCUCCCACACCUCGGCCUUCUUGUCGCCGCACUCGACAAUGAAAUUGUCGCCCACAUCUCCCACUCCACUACUACCAAACACGCUCACCUGACACACACACAUACACACACACGAAUGGCAACCAACAGCCAUGUGUUGUGCUGUUUGCUGUGGCCACCCUUCAUUGAUAAUCGACCCAUGUAUGUUGCCCGCCGUCCGCACCUCUUUCAUGCCCGAGACGGGCGACCGCCACGCGUGGCUGUGUACGUUCUUCUCCGUGUCGAGGUGCUCGAGGCGAAUGACGUCCCCACACUUGAUGGGUGCGCCGGUGUGGCAGCCGGGCAGGUUCAUGCCCUCCUUGACCAGCCACAACAAACUGCGGUCCGCCUCAUCGCUCUUCUGAGCCGUCUGCAGAGCACACACAUACACGCCCACAGACAUGACCCACAUACGUACGGUUCUGCUCGUUCAAAUGGGAGUCGUGGGUCUGUCUGUUUGAGCUACCUACCACAGCUUGCUGCCCACUGCCCGAGCCCCAAUUGAUGCCCGCAGAGAACAGCCUGCGCCCAAUACAAAGACACAGAUCAAGCGACGAAACCCACAGUGACAGUCGUCUGCGAGACGGAUCUCCCUCUUGCUCUUCAUCUGUGUCGUCACUGACUUGAAUCCUGUGUCGGCGUGUUUGAGGUAGAUGGCGCUGCCACACGUGAUGGGCUUGGCACCCACACCGCCAGGCACUUUGCCGCCGAACCAGUCUACCAGGGUCACGCACACGCACACCAGCACCAGCCCGAUGCUGGACAGGCCGAUUGAACCUUUCCUGCGCCACACGCGGCGUCUGCACGAGCCGCAGCGGCUCUCGGGAUCCCCACGCUGUCCGCUCCCCGCCUGUUGACGCGAAGCUGCUGAUGGCGGAUCUCUCGCGUGGCGCAGAGGCCGAGCGACUGCUUUUCUAUGCUCCAUGCUGUACGCUGGAGCUGCUACAGGUGCUGAAAGAUCUUCUUCACUCCU